CGGCACCCUCCCUCCCACAGUCCCACUCCCAUGCCCCUCUGCCAUCCCAUCCCACCACCACCACCACCACCACCAUAUAGCCGCCACUGCACCCCCAGUCCCCCACCCCACCCCACCCCACCUCGCCUCCUUGCCACUCCCCAAGAACCGGGACGGAGAGCCCUCCGCGACUCCUUGUCCGCGCGCGCGCCUCCUGCAUGCCGCUGUGACCGUGAGUCGUCCGUCGUAGCGAUCUACACAUCCAUGUCCAUGUCGUGCUGAGUGGUUGGCGUUUGGGGUUUGGCCGUGCGCGCGCGUGGGCUGGCGGCAGUACAUGAGGAGGAGGGGCCGCGGGGAGCCUGGGGAAGGGGGCGCUGGGGCUGCUGGGCUGCGUCGAUGAGGUGGUGGCGGCGGUGGCGUCGUCGUGGGGGGCCAUGAGCGCCGCGGGGUCCCGGGUCGACGCGGCGCCGCGGCUCGCGCAAUGGCGCGUCGACGCGCUCCCCUGCUACACCUACCGCAAGUCCGACUCCUUCCGCGUCGGCCUCUGGAACUGGUACCUGUCUGUGGAGAGAAACAACAAGCAAACCUGCGUUAAGCUCUUUGCAGAGUUGUCAAAUUCUGCCAAGAACACAGCCCCCGCACCGAUAGCCUCCUUUGUCACGAAACUUCUGAUAUCCUUUCCUCCAAACCAAAAGAUCAUAGAGCAUCCAGGAAUCUUGGACAAGCCUCUGAAACACGAAGGAUUUGUGUGGACGGUUGAUAGUAGUUUUACAGGAAGAUUUGUGAUUGAGAUAGAGUUUCUGGACCUCAAAGUUGCAGAUUCAUCUGGCGGUGAACCUGCCUCGAUCUGGGCCUCGCGCCAAAUCAAGCAGUCCUCAGACAACACCGCGCUGUCAUCCCUCGCAAGGAUGCUGCACGAGGGCAUCCUCACCGACAUCACCAUCAACGCCGACGACGGCAGCAUCAGGGCGCACCGCGCGAUCCUGGCGGCCCGCUCGCCCGUCUUCCGGAGCAUGUUCUCGCACGACCUCAGGGAGAAGGAGCUCUCCACGGUGGACAUCUCCGACAUGUCCCUCGACGCGUGCCGGGGCUUCCUCAACUACAUCUACGGCGACCUGCGAAGCGAGGAGUUCGUCGCGCACCGGCUGGCCCUCCUCGGCGCCGCGGACAAGUACGACAUCGCCGACCUCAAGGAGGCGUGCCUCGAGAGCCUGCUGGAGGACAUCGACACCCGGAACGUGAUCGAGCGGCUCCAGACGGCGCACCUGUACCGGCUGCAGAGGCUCAAGGAUGGCUGCCUCAGGUUCCUCGUGGAGUUCAGGAAGGUGUACGAGGUGCAGGACGAGUUCAGCGCGUUCCUUCAGACGGCGGACAGGGACCUGGUGGCUGAGGUGUUUCAGGGCGUUCUUGCGGCGUGGAGUGGCCGGUGAGCUCUGCGUCUGGGUCUGGGGUGGCCGUGGUGGUGUUCCAUUGGUGGCGCAUUGUUUGAUGGAUUCUUGCUCGUGCAGCUUGUAAAUAGCGCGUGCAAGCCAUUGUUUGUUGGCCGUAAAGUUUAACGUGUAUAUCUCGAUUGGAUUUUGUUCA